GUUAUGAUUGUGAUACUGAGCUUGAUUGGGAUAUGCGUCAAUGGAGAAAAUGGUGAAUAUGAAGGUGUGGAAGGAGGAGCUCCAAUGGUGAAAACAGAGCAAGAAGCUUUGUACUCUGCUAUCCAAGGUUUUGUGGGUCAAUGGUGGAAUGGCUCGUAUCUUUAUCCUGAUCCUUGUGGUUGGACUCCUAUUCAGGGUGUUUCUUGUGAUAUUUUUGAUGGAUUCUGGUAUGUCACAGACUUAAACAUUGGUUCCGUUGAUGAUAACUCUCUUGCCUGUGCUCCAUAUGUUGAAUUUAGACCCCAUUUGUUUCAACUCAACCACCUCAAAUCACUUGCAUUCUUUCACUGCUUUGUGGCACCCAUUCCAAUUCCUUCCGGAAACUGGGCUGCGUUUUCGGGUAGCCUCGAGUCUCUCGAGUUCAGGUCGAACCUUGGUCUCACCGGAAACAUCCCACCUGAUUUUGGUCAACUCGAAAAGCUUCAAUCUUUGGUGGUAAUCGAAAACGGAUUAUCGGGUGGUUUACCGGAAAACAUUGGUAACCUGACUCGUUUGAAGAGAUUGGUGUUAUCUGGGAAUGGGUUCACGGGUGAAAUCGGAGAUAGUUAUGGUUAUUUGAGUGAGUUAUUGAUCUUGGAUUUGAGUAGAAACUCAUUAUCUGGGAGUUUGCCUUUGACUUUUGGAGGGUUGACUUCUCUCUUGAAGCUUGACUUGAGUGAAAACCAAUUAGAAGGGAGAAUCCCAAGUGAGAUUAGCAAUUUGAAGAACCUAACCCUUCUGGAUCUUAGUAACAACAAGAUUUCUGGUGGGUUGACCAAAUCAAUUCAAGAAAUGUGUUCAUUACAAGAGUUGGUUUUGUCAAGAAACCCAAUCGGAGAUGAUCUCAUGAACAUCGAGUGGCAAAAUCUUCAAGGGCUCAUGGUGUUGGAUCUUUCGAGCACACGAUUGAUGGGUGGUAUUCCGGAGUCCCUUUCGCAGUUGAAAAAGCUAAGAUUUUUGGGUCUUCACGACAAUCAUCUCUCGAGUAAUCUCUCAUCAAAGUUGGCAGAAUUACCGGAUCUAACUUCACUAUACGUGUAUGGAAACAACCUCACAGGAGAGCUCAAAUUCACUCGAGGGUUCUACGGUAAAAUGGGUAGGCGAUUCGGGGCAUGGAAUAACUCUAACCUAUGCAUCCCAGUUGAUUUCAUACCUACAAAAUUUAGCCCUUACGGAAUAAAGGCUUGUCAAGAAGUUACCAUGAGUGAGGUCAGUUUUCGUGAUUCUGGUUCAAAGAUGGUAAAUGAGAACCAUAACCUGGAUUCCCAUUUCACGACUUCUUUAAGUCGCUCAAAAUAUAAAUCCGACAUGACUUGGUGCGUGUUUAUGAUAAUUAUCCUUUUAAUUAACUUGUUCAUGUAA